GGGACUGUCUUCCACAUGAACCAGGGAAAUCCAUUCAAGCUAAAGGCCCUGGUGGACAAGUGGCCUGAUUUUAAUACAGUGGUUGUCCGUCCCCAAGAGCAGGAAAUGACAGAUGACCUUGAUCACUAUACCAACUCCUACCAAAUCUAUUCUAAGGAUCUCAAGAACUGCCAAGAAGUCCUUGACACAUCAGAUGUCAUCAACUGGAAACAACAUUUGCAGAUCCAAAGUUCACAGUCUAGCAUGGAUGAAGUGAUACAAAGUCUUGCAGCUGCUAAAUUGGUCAAGGUCAAGAAAACACAAUGCAUUCUCUAUAUGAUGCCCCAGACAGCAAAGAAACUUGUGCCAUUCCGUGACAUUGAGAAUUUAUGUCCUAAAUCAUACAGACCCAAGGCAAUUAACCAAGAGAUGUUUAAACUCUCAUCACUGGAUGUUACCCAUGCUGCCUUGGUGGAUACAUUUUGGCAUUUUGGUGGCAAUGAGAGAAGCCAGAAAUUCAUUAAGCGCUGCAUCUGGACCUUCCCUAGCACCUGUGUUCUUGGACCUGAGGGGACUCCUGCGUCCUGGAACCUAAUGGACCAGACUGGAGAAAUUAGAAUGGCUGGCACUGUGCCUAAGUAUCGGGCCCAAGGCCUCAGCUCCUAUGCCUUAUAUGUACAGAUCCAGGCUCUAGACAAACUUGGCUUCCCUUCAUAUAAUCACACAGACAAAGCCAACAAAAUUGUACAGAAAAUGAGUCAAAAUCUGGGUAAUGUCCCCAUGCCCUGUGACUGGAACCAGUGGAAUUGUGUCCCUUUGUAA